UCUCCAGUGGUCGCUGUUGUCAAAGCGUUCUUCUUCGUCUGUCAGUCACCCGGGAAUGACAACAUCGCUGUAACACUUUUCCUUUCUUCCCUGCCAUUUGACCGCAAAACGCAGACAAAAGAAGCUGUGCGCUUCUGGACUUUCGGCUCUGACUUGAGAGGCGUCCAGUCUAUAUGAGCCUCUGGGAGGGGCAGCAGCAGCAACAUGGCAGAUGACAAAGACGUGCUAAGAGACGUCUGGUUCGGCCGGAUCCCAGCCUGCUUCACUCUCAACCAGGAUGAGGUGACAGAGAGAGAGGCGGAGCCUUACUAUCUGUUGUUGCCCAGGGUGAGCUACCUGACGCUGGUCACGGACAAAGUGAAGAAGCACUUCCUGAAAGUGAUGAGGGCCGAGGAAGCGGGAGAGAUGUGGUUUGAAUAUGAAGGGACGCCGCUCAAAUGGCACUAUCCAAUCGGUGUUCUGUUUGACCUCCACGCUUCCAACUCUGUCUUGCCGUGGAGCAUCACUGUGCACUUUAAAAACUUUCCGAACCAGGACCUUCUCCACUGCUUGUGCAGCUCGGUGGUGGAGGCCCACUUCAUGUCCAGCAUUAAGGAAGCCGAUGCGCUCAAACACAAGAGCCAAGUUGUCAACGACAUGCAGAAGAAGGACCACAAGCAACUGUGGAUGGGCCUGCAGAACGAUAAGUUUGAACAAUUCUGGGCCAUGAACAGGAAACUGAUGGAGUACCCCACUGAAGAGGGAGGGUUCCGAUACAUCCCCUUCAGAAUAUAUCAGACAAUGAGUGACAGGCCCUUCAUCCAGAAACUCUUUCGACCUGUUUCACCUGAAGGCAACGUUCACACUCUUGGCGACUUGCUCAAAGAAAUGUACCCUGCAGCAUACACUAAUGACGGUGAGGAGCGGCGCCACCAGGUGGUGAUCCACGGCAUCGAGCCGCUGAUGGAAACGCCGCUGCAGUGGCUCAGCGAGCACCUCAGCCACCCUGACAACUUUUUGCACAUCUGCAUAAUACCGGCGCCCUCCGACUGAGACCGUUGCCAUGGCAACCAACGAUAAAAAUAAACGCUUUCAAAGCGCAGGAUGAUGAUGAUGAUGUUCUCCAAAGAACUUUCUCUGAUGCACAUCUUCUUCGUGGGACAAAUCUGCAGUUUGAGCCCCGGUAAGGAAAAGCGCUUGAGCAUUUAUGCAAAAUCCUUGAGACUCAUUUUGUCCUACGGGUGAGGACAAUGAGCAUACAAGAACAUGGACCUUCACCUGGACGUCAAGGAUAUUGAAUAAAUACUCAAAUAACAGCAUAUAACCAACAAGCAGAUUCAUAUGAAGCCUUAACCGGUACAUACGAGGAUUUCUUUUCCCCUCUAUUGAUAUUGUAGGCAGAAAAUGCUCAUUUGUGACCACCAAAUAAUUGACCUAUAAUAUAAUAAUAAUUUAACCCCCAAAUGAGAUUUCGAGGUCACAAAUUAGCAUUAGCCAAGUAGCAUUACCCACGUUUCUGAAAACAAAUUCAACAAACAAUAGGAACCCAGACAUACUGAAAUAACAUUUUAUUGCUAUUUUGACCUUAACUUUGAAAAGGCUGUUAAGCUAACAAUUUUGAAACGUUCAGAUUUCAAACAUCACAUGAUGCAAAGUUACUAAAAAUACUUGUUGUUGUCCAUCUAAUUCAUGUCAUUUGAAAGUUGUAAAAAAAAUGAACUCGCCAUUUAGUAUCUUGUGACCACUAAUUAGCAUUUGGUGCGCCCAAUAUAUCGAUAUCCUAGCCAUCAUUUGGACUUUUUCAUGUCGCGGCUUCUGUAGUUUUACGACCACUUCAAUGUCACUUUUUCUACGCCCACAUUGUUAUGUCCUUCACGUGUUCCCUCACUUUGGUCCGAGACAACAAUAAACAGCCGCCUUGUUUACGCGGUCGCCUCACUUCUCCA